AUGUUUCAAGCUCAAAUUGCGUUACUCGUCUUCCUCGCAGCUCUCGCGUAUUCCAUGCCAACUCCGCCAAUGUUUCCCGUGAAAAUGUCCACAUCCACCUCCUCAAACCCAAACACCCUUCUUCCUCUCGAGCUCAUCGACAAGUGUAUCGGCUCGCGCAUCUGGGUCAUCAUGAAAGGCGAAAAGGAGAUCGUCGGCACUCUCACCGGCUUCGACGAUUACGUUAACAUGGUUCUUGAAGACGUCGUCGAGUACGAGACGACACCAGACGGAAAACGGGUCAAUAAUCUCAACACGAUUCUGCUCAACGGCAAUCACAUCACAAUGCUCGUUCCAGGCGGAGAAGGCCCGCAGCUCAAAAAUUGA